AUCUGUGCUACAGGGGGGAAAAAACCUGGACAAAUCAUGUAAAGAGACCCAAGUCUUAAAGAAGAUGAUAGUUGACUGUUUUGUGUAGGUUUGCAGAACUCUGUGUGUCUUGCCUUGGGGUUCCUUAAUUGCUGAGCAGAUCAGAAAUCCCAUUCUGUAGUUCUAGUACAGACUGGUACAGCUGAGGGAAAAACUUGGUGCAGGGUAACCCUGAUCAGGAAGCACAAGCCUCAUUAAAGUUGAUUGCAGGGGAAAGCAGGUGUGUUUACUGUGCAGGUGGACCUUUCUAUUCACAUCAACCAGAUUAUGAAAUUGAGGUUCUAAGGAAGAAACACUAUAGAUUUCCUGUCCUGGCACAUCCACACUUGAUUACAUUAGGAAGCUGUCCCUGUGUUGUACUUCUGGAAGAGAUGACUGCUACCUGCUAGUGCAGGCUGGGCUGAAGGGGGAAGUACUCUCUGGGCUACCAGACUGUGGCUAGGUGUGGCAAGUAGCCAACAAGCCUUCUGUAUUGCUUGUUAAGAGGAAAAAAAAUGGGUGAUUGGGGAGAGUGUGUGUGCUAGGAAAAAAUGCCUGAAAUAGAAAAGAAAUACUCUUGCAAGUAUUUCUUUGAGAGCCUUAUUGCUCAGGCAGGAUGGAUGCAACUGUCAGUAUGUCAGACAUGUGAAUUUCAUUCUCUGCCUUAUCUGGGUGAAUAGAGAUGCCAGGAUUAGCUUCUUGAAUGUGCAGGGGAUUAAAAUCUAUGCUCGCAUAAAGCAGGGGACUAAUUAAUAGCUCAGAUAGCAUAGCAUUACAUUUCAAGGCAGAUUCAAGUGUUGCACGUCUCUGGUGCUGCUGAAAGGUGCUGCGACAAGAAUCCUGAUGCUGCUUCUCUUCUGUGAGCAAAGCAGGUCCACGUGAACCGUGGCAAUCCCCCUUGCUCCUCCCAUCGCACACUGCCACAGUGAUAGCUGAGAAGGAACGUCAAGCUACUGCCACGAACUGGAUUCCUGCCUUAGCAGCAGGUGUGGUUUGAUAGGGACGAGAGAAAUACCACGCGUGGCUGAGCUGCUUCCCUGCGACGUGGUGGCUGGUACCCUGUUCAGAUGCUGUGAACUUGUCUAUGCCACCUGUCUGUAAAUGUGGGGAACUGAAAGUCUGGAGCGUCAUCUUCACACACAGGCUAUCUGCCUGACCCUGCAUGAGACCAGUGACUGACAUUUUCGCUACUGCAGCAGGGACCACCAUCAGUAGGUAACAUGUUAUCUGAGCAUUACUCUACCAUAGCACCAAAAUGAGUGAAAAUGAAGACCAAGGUAGUCUGGCAAACAUGGAUAAUUUAACAGAAAGAGAAGAAUAUGAGGAUGACUUUGAAAAAGACCUUGAAUGGCUAAUUAAUGAAGAGGAAAAGGAAAACCUUGGUGAAAGAGAGACUUCUGAAAAGAAAGAAGACGACAUUGAAGGGAAAAAUGUUAAAAGCAUGGCGACUUUUGAGGAAGACCAUGAAAAAAUGGAAAACAAUCCAGAUAAGCUUUCAGAAAGAGGUGUAGAUGUGAAAGUGAAAACCCUUGAGGAAGAAAGUUUGAUGUCUGGAUCUGACACGAAAGAGGGAGACCAGGUUUCUGAUACUGACAGUGAAUGCUCUAUCCAGGAAUCCAAGUUGGAAAACGAAGAGGAACUGGAUGAGGAGGUAGAUGAAGAAAUAAAGCGUUAUGUCUUGGAAAAGAUUGAGGAAGCCAACAAACUGCUGGAGAAUCAGGCUCCUGUGGGUGAGAACAGAGAGCGGAAAUUAAAAUUUAAGGAUACUUUGGUGGAUCUUGAAGUUCCUCCUCUUGAAGAUGCUGAAGUUUAUAAAACAGACCUUGCAGGAGGAGAUGAUGUUUCGACUAAGCUGUCCCAGUUGCAUAUUUCUAAUGAAAUGGGACCGGAAGGUGCAUCUCUUUCAUUACCUGCUGGCAAGAAUGAGGAACAGAGGAAUGGUAAAGUCUUAGUGGAAAAAGAUGGAAAGUUUGAACUCUUAAGUUUACGUGAUAUUGAAAGCCAGGGCUUUUUGCCCCCGAUAAGUGUUUCUUUCACUGAUAUUGAAACCCAACGUACGUCUCCAAAAUCCUCUCACCUCAGUUCUUCUGGUACUGUCUCUCGAAUGAAGGAAGUACGUCCAGUAAGACAAGGCAUACGUUCUUUUUCUCCUGCUGCAGAAGAGUGUGCCUUUUUGCCUAAGCCUCCAUCUAACCCCAAACAUCGUCCAAAUUCUGCUAUCAAUGCUGCAAGAGGUCUGGGAAAACGGAAGACUCCACCAAGAGCACAGUCUGCAAAUGUGCCCUUGAGAAGUUCCACUUACUGCCUUUCUCCUAGACAAAAAGAACUACGGAAGCAGUUGGAACAAAGGAAGGAAAAACUGAGGAAAGAGGAAGAAGAAAGGAAAAAAGAGCAAGAAGAACAGAAGAGAAGGGAGAAUGAGAUGGUGUUUAGAGCUUGGUUACAGAAGAAGAAAGAACAAGUGCAAGAAGAAAAGCGAAUUCGUCGUGCAAAGGAACUAGAAAACUUGAACAGCAAAGAGAGAAACAGGAAUCCAGAAGAAGCAUUCAAGUUAUGGCUUAAAAAAAAGCACCAAGAGCACAUGAAAGAAAAACAAAUAGAAAUUUUGAGACGGCAGGAAGAGGGAAUUACAUUUUUUCCAAGGACAGAGGAAUGCAACAGAGCUUUUAAGGAAUGGCUAAAAAGAAAGAGAGAAGAAAAGCGAGCAGAAGAACUGGCGGCUAAAGAGACAGCAAGGCAGCUUAGAUUAGAAGCUAGAAGAGCAAAACAGAUGCAGAACAUCCACAGCAUUAGUUCGGCGCCUAGAUCUUUUCGCUUCAGAGACAAUUACUGUUGAAAAUUUGGAGGUAACCACUGGGUUCUUGGGGACAGCUCUCUUAAUUUUUAUGGCUUGAGCUACUGCUCUUUAUAGCUACUGACUUUGUGGUGUUUUUAAAGCUUUCUAGCAAAUUCAACAGUCCCCUUCAUUGACAAUGGUUUUGCUACUUAUUUAUAAUUAAUUUUGUUGAAAAGCCUGCUUUUAUGCACAACUCAGGGAUCUUCUUGGUUUGACCAAAUGAAAGUGAGAGCGAGAUUUGUUUGUGAGGGUGGCAAAUACAUUUCCUUUUAAGAGGCACUUUAUACUGAACUCCACCAUGAAUUCCUGGAUGCAGGCUAUUAUUAUGUUUGUUUGUUUUUUUUUUUUUUUUUUGCUGGAUUAAUAUUGGUAUGUGCUGCUUGUGAUGAGUGUACAACUUGUGGUGUUGAAAAAUGCUUUCUGGAAUCUUUGCCACUUUCUAUUGGCUUGUGGAGCAGCUGUUCCAGCCCAACUGAAGGACUAUUCUAACUCGGGGAAGUGGUGACUAAAGGCUAAUGUGUACGUGAACUUGCAAGUUUCUGGAACUUCAUUUCUGUGAGUCAAACUGAUGCAUUCAUAUUUAGUAAUUUUCUAUUCCUUGAAAUGAAAGAUAAUGUAAAUUAUGACCUUUGCCAAUAUCAAGGAAGCUGAAUUCCUUGUGUACAUUUCCAUGUUUGCUACAUUUAUUAAAAUAUACCACCACCUCGAUCUUGGGAACUCAUGAUAGAGAAUGUGCUGAAAUGACUGAUGAAAUCAAAGUUAUCUGCAGGGAACACAGGGUCUGAAAUGAGCUGUAUUAAAUCCAAAAUUGUAAGCAAGGAAAAUUUAUUGUAUUCUUCAUGCAAACCAAAGCAUGCCCAAGAACAGCAAGAACUUGUAACUUGCAAAUUUUGUUUGUGGUAUGAGACUUAAAA